AUGAGCAGCAAACCCUAUCAGUGCCAGCGAUGCCCGAAGGCUUUUGCUCGUCUCGAGCAUCUUCAGCGUCAUGAUCGUUCUCACACUAAGGAGAAGCCCUACACCUGCGGCCAAUGCCCCAAGGCCUUUACGCGAAAGGAUCUACUUGUACGCCACGAGCGACUUGCGCAUGAGGGUGGAAGCAGUCCCAUGAGCCAGACGCAUUCGCCCUCGCCCGGCCACCCGAUCCUCGAUGGCUUAGAUACCCUGGCUUCGGUCGUCGCCAACCAUGCACACUCCCAGCAGCAUCUUCCAGAAACCAGUGACCGAUAUUCGGAUACUCCAGUGGUACAACGCACCUCGAUGGUCCGCCCCCAACUGCCCAAUGCGCAAACUCCGUCGGCAGGCCCGACGAUCCCAAUGACAGGCCACAACUUUGAUUAUUCCCUGGGAAGUAUCGCAACGAGCUCUUAUGAAGGGAACGAUUUCACAUCCUUCCUCGACAGCGUUCCCCUUCCGAGUCAUCCCUUCUCGCCUGCAUUCCAGCCGCUCCCCUUAUUCCCGCCUUUACAAUUUUCCCCGGUGACAGACUAUGGUCCGGAGAGAGAUGUGCCAUCGGAAGAGACACCAUCGACAGCAUCAAGUUCAGUAUUGCCUCGGCAUGGUGCACACUUGCCGUCCCUCCAACCAGAAGGGUAUCAAACCACAGCUAAGGCCCGCCAGCCUACUGGAUUUGUCCCUGUUACGACAGAGUGCCGUGAUAAUAUCCUCGGUCUCUUGCAAUCUUUUGCCAAUGUCGUUCCAAACCCUUCUCUUCCUUCUCGCCAUGCCCUCUCUCGGUGCUUGACUGGGUAUUUGAUGGGAUUUCAUGACCACUACCCCAUUGUACAUAAACCAACAUUGGACGUCGAUUCCAUGGGCCUCCCGCUUUUCCUCUCCAUGGCGGCAUUGGGUGCCCGCUAUAGCCGAGAGCCCGAUACAAGCAUGCGUCUCUAUCAGAUCGCGAAGCCAGUCACUCUAGAACAUUUCCGGCGGGUGUUUCAAACAGGGAGUCUGCCUGCAGUGAACGCGGCUGACGAUACCGACACGCUGGAAACCAUUCAAGCACUGUUGAUGCUCAUAUCUGUUUCUUCGUGGUUUGUGGAUAAUCCGCCAUACCACGAAGCGCUCUCAAUUCGCAGUUUGAUGGCAACUCUGUUGCGGAAAGACGGUCUGAACCGCUUGCCAGAACACGAUGGGUCCUGGGCCAGCUGGAUCCGCCGCGAGAGCGUGAAGCGUACAAAACUAAUCGUCUUCUGCUUUUUCAAUAUCCACACUAUCGUCUUUGAUAUUCCCCCAGUCAUUUUGACUGAAGAGGUCUGCUUGGACCUGCCAUGUACGGAGAGAGAAUGGCAGGCGUCUACCCCUGAACAAUGGCAAGCAGCACGAAGCCAAAGUCUCGGAGAGCCAAAAUUCCAAGAUGCCUUGUCUGCCCUAUUCGCACCGACUAGUCCCAUGGAAGGGUUCUCUUCGCUGGGCGGAUAUGUCUUAAUUCAUGCCCUGCUGCAGGAUAUCUGGCUGAUAACAAAAGCAGGCCGCUUGCACCUGUCACGAUGCAAUCGACUGGGCUCACCAAUUGUCUCAACACCGCAACUACUCGCUGUGGAACAGGCCCUGGAAAAAUGGUGUCAAUUCUGGGAGCGCAAUCAAGAGUCAUCAAUCGACCCACUCAGUCCCCACGGCCCGUUGUCGUUCACAUCUGCGGCCCUUCUUCGGCUAGCAUACAUCCGGCUCAAUGCAGACUGUGGAUCAGCGCGACAAUUGCAAACUUGGGACCCAGUUCAGAUUGCCGCUAGUCUGAAUAACAACCUCUCUGUACAGCGAGGGGACCGCCUGACGAGGGCAGCCCUCCACUGUGCGCAUGCCCUUAGCACACCCGUGAAACUCGGUAUCGGCUUUGUAGCCCACUCGCAGGUCGCUCUUUGGUCAAAUCAGCACGCCUUAUGCUCGCUGGAAUGCGCUGUGCUGCUAGCCAAGUGGCUCGAAGCGGUAACCGUCGCUAACCCGGAUCCUGGCUUGACAAACCAGGAGACCCGCCUGCGGGAUUUUGUUUUGGAGAUGGUUAUGGAAGUCCAGCAUGGUGUCACACGUGAAUGGCUUCUGGCCACUAAUACUCGGCUCAGUGCGGCAGUGACAAGGCUUUGGGCACGCCUUUUCACGGCCGACUAUAUCUGGGAAAUGGUUAAUCUGAUCGGCCGGUCCUUAAAUAGCUAUGCGGAUCUACUGGAACAAAAGACCCCAUACAGCUGA